UUAACCACUCUCUCCGAGCCCUCUCUGAGCCCUCUCCGAGCCCCUCGGAGUGGCUGUCGUGCGCCUCCUAAUUUUUCUAACUAUCCCGUACGAGAGCCUCUCCGAGGUUUGCUCGGAGAGGGCUCGGAGUAGUAUAAAUUUAGCUUUACAGGUGGACAAGUAAUAAGCUAAUAAAAAUGUUGAUUUAAUUGAAUUCAUUAGCUUUGAAUUAGUAGAUCAUUGAUUUCAUUUUCCACCAAACAAACAAAGUAAACACAAAUUAGGACAGCUGCGGUCUAGAAAUGGGCUACUUCGGAGUACAAACAGGUUUUUCUUAGUAGCCUAGACUAUCAAGGACAGGAAGGUGUGUGCGUAAAUAAACCCCCACAGUUCCACUGACUCUGAUAAUUCGCACCAUUAGCCAGAAAAGGCACACCCCGCCCGUGUGUGAUGCCUUGAAUCUGUUGAAGGUUAGUCUCCAUUUGUUUCCCCAAAAUUACCAGAUGUCAGCAAAGCCAGGGCUUUUCUGAGUGAGCAUUACCCUGGACCCCCUAGCUCUCUUGGGUUCACAAUGUCAUGCUUCAUUUCAUUUUCUACUGCACCGCUGAUGGCAACACACCUAGUUUACAAGCCAGGGAGGGGUCCAAUCUUCCAAUCCUACUCUCUGCUCUCUGUAUUAGUCAAUAGUUUGUGUCAAACAAGUAUUAAUGUAUAUAAACUUUUAGUUUUGUGAUGCUUAACAUAAUAAGGAGUUAAUUAACUCUCCACCACCUGCUUAAGGACAACAACAUCUACAAAAAGAAAAGACAGAAGACAUUAAAGCCUUUUGGCAAAUGACAAAUGUAAGCUAUCUAAGACAAACAAACAUAACCUGAGGCAUAAACAGACUUAUUCUUCCAAAUGAGCUGUGCUUCUCUUCCCUACAGCAGUUCACCCAAGCCAUUUGUCUUAGGCUGAUAAAUCACUUUAAAAAAACAGAACUUGAGUGACUAUAGCCUAUUGUGUUCAUUGCAUCAUUGGCCAUUCUGACUUUCUUCUCAUAACCAUUCAUUAGAGAAUGGUAUGUAGUAGCCUAACCUAUUUUUUAUAUGGUUGAAAUGCCAAUAGUGCUUUGUAGGCUUAUAUAAAGAACAUAGAAAAAAUAGGCUGACAUUUAUCUUGUCAAAAUUGACAGUUUAUGCCAAUGUGGGCCUGUGUUGAGUUCGGCCGUCCAUAGCCUUCCAUACUGAUUUGACCUGAAAUCUAGCUACUUUCCAAGACUGUCAUCCUUAGCAAGCUGACUGAAAAAGGGGCGUGGACUACAUCUCCUGUACCGUCUUCUCUCCAUGUCCUGUCCGCAAGCUUUUUUUUUUUUUUUACUUCAAGAGGCUUUGUGUCUGGAAAGAGAGCAUGUCCACCUUGUUAUGGACGUGUUUUCCUGUUUUGACGAAUAUACCGAUCUACGAAGGACUUUAACAAAGACGCGAUCCACGUCAGACGAGGUGCUAUCCCGCAUCGAAAGCGGACCAGGCAAGCGCUCGCUGCUGGAUGUUUGUAACGGCUAUUAACAACGAAUUAUGAAGACAGCUGCCUACCCCGUUGACUGUGUCCAUAAACCUACCGCGGUAUGAAAUUGACACCGUGAUUGCGAAACUACAUUUGUGCUCAGUCGCUAAUGCCAGGAAAUAUGGGAAACCAACUACUUGGAAUUGUCCUGACGUUGGGGUUUGUCUUGGAGUGUAUCGAGGCCAAGAAAUACUGCUGGUAUUUUGAAGGUGGAUACCCCAUCUACUUCAUAUGUCGCUCCUAUGAAGACUGCUGUGGGACGCGAUGCUGCAUCCGAGCCUUGUCUCUCCAGAGGCUGUGGUACUUCUGGCUGAUGCUGAUGAUGGGCGUGCUGUUCUGCUGUGGUGCUGGCUUCUUCAUUCGCCGACGCAUGUACCCCUCCCCCCUGAGUGAUGAGCCCGCCUUCAAUGUGUCAUUCACCAGGCAACCAAUCAGCACUCCAGUAUCCCAGCAACCAGGUCCUCAGAUGUUUGGCGACCCUGGGGGACCCUCCACACCUGUCCCCGCCUACUCAGCUCAGCCCCCCCCACACAUCAUGAGCUCAUACCCGCCCCCUCCGUCCUACUGCAACCACCCGCCCCCCUCCUACGACCAGGUGGUCAACAACACGGACAAGAAGUAGGACCGGCACGCACUUGCAGCUGCUCGCUCGACAUAAAGGGGGCGCUCUAGGCUUCGCUCUCCCUCUGAAACUCUGCUCAAACAGAUCCAAGAGGAAGAGCAGUGACGUGUGUGUGUGUGUGUGUGUGUGUGCGAGUGUGUGUGUGUCAUCAGUGAAAUGCUCAGAAACAGACCUUAUGUGAGUACAGUGCACGGUCCUCGGGAUCUUACUAAUCUACUGAUGUUCCUGAGUCCACUUCAAAGCCGCCGCUAGACUUCUAGUGGUGAACCAGAACAUGGAACACGGAACACUCUUGCCAAGUUGUUGAAGAACUCUGUAGCAGCUGACAGUGACAUUUAUUAAUUUGUCUUUAUUGUCUUCCUUUUUUAACUCUGUGUGUGUGUGUGUGAAAGGCAUUGUUCUGCUGAGGAAUCAUUCACCACACUCCAGGCUUCCUGAAGGCAGAUGGGGAACAGUGGGUUCCCACGGUAACCAAGUGGGAGCCAUGGGAGCCCGGCCAGUUGGCUUCAUGAGCCUUCUAAAGCCGUGUUCUUCUCACAAAACAAUGCCUUCAUUUGCAAACAGAUAAGCCUAUUAUCCCUUCUGUUAUCAAAUGGAUAUUGCCCAUGUUGGUUCAUCAAAGCAAGCCAAUGAUCCUGCAUCAGUUUGCUUCCCAGUCCUUCAGUAUAGUCAUUCCUGAGGUAUGUGUAGCAGCUAGGUCUGAGAGCAGUAGGCCGAGGCCCAAGCUUUUACCUUUACCCAAAGCGACUAACGGUGUUGUGCAGAUCUACAUUUCCACCAGUAUGUGUGGAGUCCCUGAGGACUGAGCCCGUGAUGCUAGUGUUAGUGGCACCUUGCUUUAGCAUAUGAGUCACAGGACCUUGUAGUACCCUCCCCAAAACAACAGCAGUCAGAGGCUCCCAGCACUAACAUCUUAAAGGCACGCUGUGCAGAGCCAGCUGUAAGACUUAAAUGGUUCAAAGACACCCUGUCAGGCAGAGGCCUGCUGUUAAUUGCCUCCCUUACAAAUUAUCUGCCGCUGCUGCCGUUCCCAGCUAGAUGAUGCAUUAGAGAGAUGUUAAGUAGAUUAGGAGCCAUGUUGCACAGGAUGCUUGCACCAAAUCACACACCACCCCCCCACCACCAGCCGCUGAUUGCAGCUCUCUGGAAGAUUCAGAGAAUGCCAGAUUUAUCUAAGCCAUCGUGUCUGUAAAGGUUGUGAAGAACGCUUGUAUCCAAAUCGACAGAUAGACAACCUGCAUUGGCUUGGAAACAAACCCAGGUUGACCGCUACCGGUUGCCCGGCAACAUUAACCACUGUACCACCUGUUUGUUCCUGUGCCGUCUUUGCAAGAGAGGAAGGGAGAAAGGGAGAUUACAGAGACUUGCCUGUUUGUGAUGAUCAGUGACACCACCUCCGAAUGGCUGCCAAGUGGACAAGAAAGUUAGACACUGGGGCCAAGACUCUUGCAAGUGGAGUGAUUUUCUGUUCCUCUGUCCCACCAGUCAGGGUGGGUCACUAUGGCGGACGUCUUUCCCUUAUAAAAACAGCAAAGUUCUGGUGAAUCCAGCCAUGUUACGGACUUAUGAUGAAUUGGAGCAUUGAGACUUUGUACAUGAGUGAAAGGCUGACAUCACGCCUCUUGGAUCACAGCCUAUUUGGUGACCGUGAGGCUGAUUCUCCAUUAGGAAACACAGAUACACACAAAAAAAACUAACAAACGUGAUAUGUCUGUUUUGUAGGUUCUUGAUAUUGAGGUUUUACAGAGACAAUGUAUUGUGGCCUAUUGCUGUUGGACUGCAUAGGCAUAACAUUUAGCUAUGUGGUGCAAUAACCCGGAGAUACCCCCAAAAAGUCGGAGGUGCAACAAAUGCUAGCUGAAUUAUCCAUGGAACUAAUUGACUGGUGACGUCAUCAAUCUGGGAAAUUAUAAUUUUAUUUAGCUGACACUAGAGAUAUGUCAUGUCAAGUAAUGCAGCACACUGAUACUCUUUGAUCUUCUUUGUCUGAGAGUUUCUCUCCCUUGCCUGUUACAGUGAUACGAUCUGCACUUUGAAACCUGCAUAAACAAACACCCAUCUCUGGGUCCAUCUCAGAUAUUGGCUCAUGGUUGGUGUGUGAUUUUUUUUUAACAUGUGCGAUGGUUGAGCAGUCUUGUUGAAUUCUCGUUUUUCGGCUGAGCUGCUACGAAGAGAAUAUUGCUGAAUAUCCUGUUCUGUGGAAGCUGUGCGACUGAUUGGUCUCUGCGCUGUGUGUAGGCCAGGUGAGUCAAACGUGGGAACGACAACAGCCAAACAAAUGUGAUGCAGCAACGCAAAUGACUGGAUGUCAACUUAGGCUUGUAUUAUUUCCGCAGUACCACAACUGCACCCAAUGAAUGCCAGAAUUAAAUUUGAGGAAUCAAAUUUACGAGGAAAUAAAUGUUGUAGGCUGUAUAUUGUUGUGCUUUGCUAAUAUAUUUCUCUUUUUUGGAUAUUUUUUUUUUAAUCUAUGCAACUCAAAGAAGGUGCCAGAUGUAUUUGUAUAGCUACAUGUUUGCUUAAUAUGUUUCCCGGCCAUCAUUUGUUUGUACUGUUACAAUGAAGAAAGUUUGAAAAAGUGGCAAAGUAACAAAAAAAAUAAUAAAGCUUUCCUCCAUGAA